UCCCUCCCUCGCGCGCACGGCCGCGGCUACCUGUGAGGGAGAGGGGCGCGUGCGAUGACGGUUGGAGGCUGUGCGCGUUCCCGAGGGCAGUGGGCGGGGCUGAAACAAUGCUGCGUCGGGAGCGCGCAUGGAUCACCCCCCCCCACUCCCAGCUCUCAGACAUGGCGGAUUACAGGUCCGAGUGGCUCCGACUGCCUGGCUCCUGGUCGCAUGGGGUUACACGGGACGGACGGGUCUUCUUCAUCGAUGAAGAAGCGCAGAGAACAACCUGGUUACAUCCAGCGACCGGCGAGGCCGUCAUCAGCGGACACCGCAAAACACCAGACCUACCAACCGGUUGGGAAGAAGGAUACACCUUCGAAGGGGCUCGCUACUACAUUAAUCAUAAUGAGUGGAAGGUAACCUGCAAGCAUCCGGUGACAGGACAUACAUCCCAAGAAAACUGUAUCUUUGUAAUGAAUGACGAUUUCAGGACUGCUGCAGCAAUGGCAUCACAAGAGAAAAAAGACCGACCAGUGAGCAUGGUGAGUGAAGUUUCAACCUACACAAUGGCAUCGGAAAUGGCAUUGCUUCCAGUGAGUCCUGCAGGCAGGUCAUCAAGACCUUCAAAGAAAGUUCACAAUUUUGGCAAAAGAUCCAACUCUAUUAAGAGGAAUGCAAAUGCACCAGUUAUAAAACGUGGCUGGCUUUAUAAACAGGAUAGUACAGGAAUGAAAUUGUGGAAGAAGCGCUGGUUUGUGCUUGCCGAUCUGUGCCUGUUCUAUUAUAGAGAUGAAAAGGAAGAAGGCAUUCUGGGAAGCAUUCUUCUGCCUAGUUUUAAGAUAGCUCCAGUUAGCCCAGAGGAUCAUAUAAACCGCAAAUAUGCAUUCAAGGCUUCUCAUCCAAAUAUGCGGACCUAUUAUUUCUAUACUGAAACAGCCAAGGAAAUGGAAUCCUGGAUGAAGGCUAUGAUAGAAGCUGCCCUUGUUCAAACAGAACCCGUGAAAAGGACUGAAAAGCUAACAUCUGAAAUUGUACCUCCUAAAGAGGUCAACCAUGUUCCAAACCACAAAAUGCUAGUCAAGCCUGAAAAUCAGAACAACCAGAAAAAUAUGGAUACCACUCUGGGUGUCCAACAAAAAGAAAAUCUGAACAUCACUCAUACUGACAAAUAUCAGGUUGAGAUAGAAGGACUGGACCAGCACAAACGUUUGACUAAAAUCAAUAGUAUAAAAUUGCAACCUGCAAAAUCAGAGAGCGACAAUGUCACGUCAAAUACUAACAGCGUUCAAUCUCAACAGUACAAAUCUCUGCAUGCAAGUGCUUCCAAUGAACAAAGUUCAAUUUGUCCAGUCAGUACUCCUGUAGAAAAUGUGGACACAGGAAGAGAAAGACUGGUUAGUUUAAAUGAAAGUGGAAGGGGCAUUCAACGGACUAAUUCAAUGGUGCAGUUGGAGCAGUGGGUGAGAACACAAAAAGGAAAGGGCCAAGAGGAAGAACCUAGAAGCAUCGCCUGUUAUCAAACAUUACCAAGGAACCUGCCAAGCUAUCGGACUCAGGUCAUGCCAUGUUACAGAACAUUGCCCCAUCACAGUCGUACAAGACCUGACAGCAUCUGUUCAGUGUCACCUUCUGCAUACGAUAGGGUCCUUCGACCACCGUCAUUAGAAGAAAAACGGAAAUCGAUGCGGGAUGAUACCAUGUGGCAACUAUAUGAAUGGCAACAGCGUCAGGUCUACCAUAAGCAUGGGACACUAAGCAGGCAUGGUACUUUAAGUACUCCUGUCACCAUGAUGAAUAUUGUUGAACAGUCACGCUCUAUUCCUCCAUCACCUUCUCACGGUUCACUGGCCCCCUACCAGGUAUACUCCCCCCUCAGGUCCUACAACAUUGAAUCAAGAUCAGAAGUAUUGUCACCUGUUUUAAGAGGAGACAUGACCACUGAUUCCAUGAAAUCUCGGCGACACAGGACACCUGUCAACAGGUUUAUCUAUCCACCAGACAGAAGAUCGAUGCCUGCUAAUGUACCUGUACAAACCAUUACACCUGAGAGCUUGCAAGGCAAAACGCCAGAGGAGUUGACACUGCUGCUAAUCAAGCUGAGGCGGCAGCAAGCUGAAGUAAACGGCAUCCGGGAGCACACAGCAGCACAACUCAUGCAGUUGAACCUCAGUGAUGCAAAUCCCAAGAAUGAUAUCCUUAUUCAUCACCUUCAAAGAAAUCUCAUGUAUUUGGAUUAUCAGAUGAAAGAAAAUGAACCUUUAAUCGCCACGGUUCACACAAUGAUUGAGAACUCAGCACCAAGGCCACAAGUAUACAAGCAACUGGCUCAGCAAGAUGAUUACAGAGAAACUUUAUACAGCCACAGACGUGAAAAUCUGGACAUUGAUGGUAAACUGAGCCAAUUAUGUGAGCAGGAUAAGGUUGUUUGUGAGCAAGAAGAGAAAUUGCAGCAGCUGCAUAAGGAAAAACAUACACUUGAACAAGCUUUACUGGCUGCAAGUCAGGAGAUUGAAAUGAAUGCAGAAAAUCCUACUGUAGUGCAAAGUGUGGCCUUACAAAGAGAUGUUUUACAAAAUGGAUUGCUCAGCACUUGCCGGGAGAUAUCAAGAACCACCACAGAACUGGAAAGAACAUGGAAAGAGUAUGAAAAGUUAGAGUAUGACGUAACUCUAGCAAGAACCCACUUACAACAACAACUAGACAGAUGUGAUGAAGUUCAGGUGGAGUUAACUGCUCAGCAACGCCCUCAGAUUCAAAAGGAGCUCUGGAGAAUUGAUGAUGUUAUGGAAGGACUCACCAAAAGUAAACAGCAAAGAAGGAACUCUAGCAACACUGGUACUGCUGGCUCACAACCUGGAACUGCUUCUACUUUAAGGUGUAGGCAGGAGGAAGAUGAAACAGCCCCUCCUCGCCCUCCUCUUCCCCAGUUAUAUGACUUGACAGAGAGGGCUCCCACAGUUCCCCCUCAUCCCAGUGAGAGCAUCAUUUGGCCCUGUUCUGCCAGAAACCUGGUACAUCAACCAGAUGAAAUGAAGAUCCACCUUGAACCAGAAGAUCCAAAGCAUGGAGCAGAUUCUGGUUCUGAUUAUCGACAGUACAAGAGUGAACCAGAACUGACAACUGUCACUGAGGUUGAUGAAUCAAAUGUGGAUGAGAAGUCAGAAGUGGUACCUGACAAAGAAAGUGUCACAUCUAAAGAUGUCAAGAGCACAGGAACAAGGAUAAAUCAUUUAGUUCUUCAAACCACUCAGGCUACAGAUUAGCUCUGAUCUCUAACUCCAUAUUAUCCACCUUUAUCACAUAUCCUGCGAUACCUUUGGAAAGCAAAGAUCUAUCAAUCUGAGAUUUAAAAUUUACCAUUGAUCGUGCAUCAACUACUGUUUCAGAAGAUGGUUCCACCUACUGAUCAGUCCUGGUGCAUAGAAUUGCUACCCAAUCCUGAAUGAUCUGGCCCUAAUUUUUAAAAUAUGGCCCCAGCCUUGGACUCCCCUAUCAGCAGAAAUUAUAUUUAUGUCGCUUACAUUUGGGCAGCUGGGAAAUGUAUAAGUCAUGUGCAGCUUGAGCUUUGAAGAGGACAUUCUUAUUUUGCUGGAGAGCAUUAACACAACAUGAGAGAAAGCAAUUAAGCUGAAUGAAAGUGGCACACAUAGUUGGAACUACUGGGCUGCCUCCAAUAGUGGGAGAGACUAUUGCAUCCCAUUAAUAAGCUACUACUCACUGAAGUCAACCAGCGUCCAACAAGUAAGGUGCUAACUCACCACAAUCCAACUAUUUUAAUAUACAUGGAAUUUAGAGUCUUUGCUUAACAAAUGAACCAAAUCCAUUGCAUCAGGAAAACAGAAAUACAUGGGGAUAACUCCUUGAUUGGCAAGCUGAAAAGUCAGGAUCAGGUGCACAGGGCUAACUGAUGGUUUGCAACUGAUUGCCAGUGUCUGCAAGCUGAUGUGAUUGGCAUGAAGAUUCAAAGGAUGAAAGUUGCCUUUUUGCAAAACUCAAGACUCGCUAAAAGGAUCAUUGAAACAAAAGCACCACAUGUUUGUCAAGGAGGGUAGAAUUUUGAAGGACUCACUGUAAGGAACUUUCAGCUGUUAAUGACAAAACCAAAAUAUGUUUCAGAACGUGUCCUAUCUAUCCACCUCUCAACUCAAACAGGGCCAGUAAACCUCAUGAGUGCUUAAGCUCCCACUGUCAUGCUGCACAAUAGAAUUGAAAGGCACUCAAUGAUUCUGUCGAUAGCCGUACUGAGACAGCAUGUCUUUACCUACUGAGGGGAUUCCGUGUGAUGACAUUUUUGCCUCAGAUAGCGUGGCAUUGGAAAGAUAAAUGGAACUGUAUAGAAACUACAUAUACUUUGCUACUAAGCUAAACUUUGGGUAAAUAACAUUUUUUUUCUCAGUGAUCCAUGCUAAAGGGUGAUUAGGGGCAUCCAUUGGCAGCUAGAGACCUGAUUAUCCCCAGUCAUGACCUCAAUUACCAAGGCAGAACCACCUUAGUACUAAUUGUAAUAAAGAGCCCUUUGUGGUGUGCACCAGGAUCCAAUGCAACUAGUGAAGCAGAAGGACCAUCUUUAUAUCAAUGUUAACUGUGCUGCCUAUUCAAAUAAAAGCCAGCAGUUCUUGGCUUAAUUGAACAAACACACUUUAAAAUUAGUCCACACUGGAAUCCACAAUUCUGCAGUCAGCACACUGGAAACAAGAAGAGAAAACUGUAGUUCAAAGCUAGUAUCGCUGUAUGGAACACAACAUUGGGUUGUAGUCAAGGGAGAAUAUGAUCACUAAGGCUUCUGUAUGCAACAGAGAAACUAUGCUUGCCAGUGAAGCACUUGAUGUCAAACUAGUAUUGAAGGAACCUAACCAAGCUAUUGGUGUGCUGACUAUUAAUAAAGCUCCAGAUCAUGUUGCAAUGAUGCCAUACUAUUUAUACUCAUUAAAUAUGAGAAAUCAGCACUCUUGAAGCAUCUGCGAGAACUUCUGACUUGCUGGAAAAGGAUAUGGUGCCCAGGAUAUGUGUGAUGCAAAAACUUUUGCCCAGAACAGGAACAAGAAUGAUUCCAGUGAUUGCAACAACUACCAAAGCAUUUCACUCCUGAGCAUUGUGGGUAGAGUAUUGCCCAUGUGGCCCUUGUAAGGCUGUGGAUAUCUGAUUGACAUGAUCAUCUCAAUCUUGACAGCUGCAAGAGAAAUGCCAUGAAGAAAAAGGACGACUGUUAUUCUCGACCAGACAAGACCAUUAUUAUAUGCGCAUAAGUGGUCAAUUUAAGCUGCUGAAGGAAAAUGGCUACCUGCUGAAGCUAAUAAUUUUUAUCUUCUCCUUUCAUGAUAACCUGAGGCUUAAGAUUAGCCCUGAUGGAGCAAUGUCAGAGUUUGAGCUUCACAAUGAGGUCAAAUCAGGUUGUAUUCUGAUGCACAUACUCCAGCAUAUUCAUCACUGAUGGAAAGCUGUUCAGCCUCACUUAAGACCCAAAACAAAAUGCUGUCAAUGUGACAGUGGAGGUUGCUGAUAUCCAAGUUCCACAAUCACAGGCAAUUUGUCAUUUGAUGCUGAAACCAAUGUACACAUUGCGAAAACUAUUGCCCUAAGUGUAUGUGGAACAAAAGCAACUUGACUGAGAGCCUCAAACUGCAGGUCUCCCAGGACUAUAUUUUCAGUAUGGUAGGUAGACCUGGAUAAUUUAAGCCAAGCACAAGAAAAGACAACAUAACUUUCAACUUUGCAAAUAUGUAGUCUCAGAAUGACUGUAGUCUCAGUAUGCCUUGGUGGGGUAAAAUCACCACCUCAAGAUCCUGUAGCAUACUAAUUUUGUCAACAUGUAAUCAUCAUUUAUCGAAUGGCAUUGGUACUUGCUUGGCCCAUGUUCAUUGGAUGUAUGAUGACUAUAUUCCAAAAACCAUUUGUACACUGAGUCACAACUUGCUGUGCACCCACCCCUUCCCACAAAAACACCUACAUAUAAGAUUAUGAAAAUGGUAAACAUGGACACAUAAUGGGAGACAACUGCCAAUGGAAAGGGAGUCCAGAUGCUCAUUGUUUAGAGAGACAUCAGAAGAGUUAAGGAGAAAUGGAAAGCUCACCUGGCUGAGAAGAGGACCAAGAAAACAUGAUGAACAAUUCAGCACAGCUUCUUGAUGACUUCAACAAAUGCAGCAAAAGCUGCUUGGCAAAGUGGAGCCCUUGAGCCUACCACAUGCUGCUUACCACGUGAAUUGUACCAUAAUGAAAAACUGCCAACUAAUGUAAUGAAAGGCUGUGUGUUGCUGUUCCUAAAAUAUUAUCCUGGCCUUGCUAUUGAAUUGGGCUUGGCCCUGCCUUAAUAGUAAAUUGAGGAAUAUGCAAAAUCAAUAGACUACAGGUUGUCAUUAAAUAAAAUUCUGCUGAUGGUGGCCACGGUGCCUUAUGAAUGCCCAGCUUUUACUUGCUGGAUUCAUUCUUAAUUUAAGCCAUUUUAUGAUGCUGUC